AUGAACACAAAAAAAAUGCCUCAACAACAAGAAGCUUCAACACCAUCAUCAACGACGUUUGAUAUUAAAAGCUUUUUUGAUAAGCUGGUGAAGCAUUUGCAAGCCAACAUUCCGAGUGAGAAGCAUCGGAUGUUUGUAACAAAUCUAGUAUCUUUUGAAAAGGAUAAGACCUAUUCAAAGCAUGAAGAAAUGUCUGUCGAUGAGACACAAAAAAGGACAAUGAAUAUUUUGGAGUCGUUUUUGGAGGUGGAAGGAAAGUAUAGAGAGUUGAUAAUAACCGACAAUCUUUUUCAAUCGAGUGAUGAUGAAAUAGUACUGAAUAUUAGAACAAUGAUUUUAUCUUUUAGGUAUCUUAUUUAUCAUAUAAAGCUUGGACAAGAUAUUGACUUUGAAUUCUUUGAACCAUUAUUUAAUCAUGUCUUGCUAUUGCACAGUAAGAUUUAUAAAUUAUAUGAAAAAUCCUAUCAGAUAUUCAUGGAUAAUUACAAGGAGUAUGAUUAUGAAAAGUGGGCAGAGGAAGAGGAUAAUACUUUUAAGGUUCUUCCGUGGAGGACACAUGCUGCUACAGUUAUUUAUACUAAUGAGAAUGAUUCAAUACCCAAUUGGGUAAUGCUCAUGUAUUAUUUCCUUACUAGUUUUUUAACAGAGUUAUUACCUUGGGGAAUUAAAUACUUACAUGAAUUUGGUCCAAAACCAAAAUUAACAGAUAGACAGCGAAUUUUGAAUGCAAUCAAGAAGAAGAAAGCACCAGAAUUGAAGGGAUCGACUUUCCAAAGUUUACCCUUCUUCCAAUUCAUUCUACUCAAGUAUUUCUAUGAUAGAAAGGUAAAACACACUCUCGAUAAUGCCACCUCUUCGGAAAUUACUCAAUGGAAUAGAAAUAUCAUUGAAGAAAGACUAUUGAAGGAAUGCUUAAUUUAUUGGGGAGUAUUCAUCUCUUCAAUUACUUCAACUCACAGAGAAGAUCAACAAAUGGCUCUCGAUGAGGAAGACGAAGAGGAUGAAGACGACGAAGAUGAAGAAGAUGAACUUGAGGAUGUAUUUGACGGAAGAGGUUUCAGAACUGUUGGAGCAAACGAGCUAGAUGAAAUAAGAACAACAACAACACCAUCAUCAACAAUGCAACAUUCAACCUUCUCGGAUCCACUCAAAACCAAUCUUACAAUUGCACAAAUCAAGGACAUGAAGAGAUUCAUUGCUCACAUCAUCAAGGAUUAUAUGUUCGAACCAUUCCUUCCUUUAAUUUACGAGUUUAGUGAAUAUGAGAGUACUCAAUCUCACAUUCGAGAGGGUCUACUUAGAAAUAUGGACAGCAUACGAGCUCACUCACAAACAGUAGUAGGAGCCUUGUGCAAUUGCUUUGGUAAGCCACUUUGUAUAGCUCUGUUACCAAUGCUUUUAGAGGACUUGAAAGUAACCGGUGUGUCAAAUCCUCUUUUACGACUGACGGAGGGAAGAAAUAGAGGAAAAGUCAGUUGGACUGUUCGUCAAAAGGCCUACAAUUGUGUGGGUAUUCUAGUGAGAGAAAUGCUCACAACUAAUAUUACUCUAGGAGGUGGAGUAACUGGAAAUGUUGUUCCAAGUUAUGAAAUUGUUGAAUUUGUUAUUGAAAAUUUUGUGGAUCCAUUCUGUCGUUAUGCUUUGGAAGAAAUGAAACAAGCACCAGUGGAUAUUCAUGACAUUAUAGUAAAGCAAACCGCCAUUUUGGUCACAUUUGCCUUCAGUAAGCUGUAUACCAACAGAGAAGGAGAGGCCUCGAAUAAUUGGGGUCUAAUUGAACAUAUUAGCAAUCAAGCUGAUACCUCUGAUGAAAUCAAAGAGAUUAUUGAGUUUAUUCAUGUUUUCAGAAAGGAAAUUAUGGAAUUGCUGCCUAAAAAGCUUGUAGAUAGUCACUAUAGCAUUAGAGAAGCUGCCUGUGUCUCACUUGCCAGCUACAUUUCAGAAAUGAAAGUCUUGAAGGAGAGUUUUAUUUUAGAAAUUCUGAAAACUUGCGAGACCUUUGUACAGAACUUUGUGAAAUUCAGUGUCAUUAUUACAGCUGUUACAGACAAGCUCGAGAGUGGAAAGAUUACUCUCGUAGAUGAUGACAAUCAACCAAUAGUCACUACCAAAACAUCAUACUCUAAGGGAACCUACACUAGAUUCACACCACAUUUUAACAAGUUAUAUUCCAACUUGUUUGAAAAGAUAUGUGAAAGUGGAGAGUUGAUUUAUCCUGAAGAUUUGGAAAAUCUCACUGAAGAAGAAAAGAAGAGACAACAUCACCUUGUUGUGGUUUGUCUCUUUGACUCAUUCUACGACUCGUUGGAAUUUACAAGGCACUUUUCAGAUACCAAUCUUAUUGAGAAAUUCCUCGAUUAUGGAAAGAAGCAAAUUAUGCAAAAUAUUUUCACAUUGAAGGAAGUUGACAAGACUGAAGAUUUAAUUUCUGCCUUUUCUACAACAAUUAAUGCUGUUAUGAGAAAUAUUGAUGGCAAGGUUCUUGUAGAACUCUUCCAGAAACACGACAUGUUCACCUUCCUCACACAAUUCGUCAGAGUUUGCCAUAACCAUUGUAAUUACAGAGCCAGAGAUUGUGCUGUUCACACCAUUGGUAAUAUGAGUAAUGCUGACUUGUUCCAUUUGUGUCCAUUCGAUGUUGAUAAGGAAACUGGCAAGGUUACUCCACAAGAUGCAACCCACGACUUUUUAUAUGAUUUUGUCUUUCAGGUUUUGAAAAAGGAAGCCGUUGUAGGUGACAGAUUUUAUGAGGAGACUACUCUUGAAGAUGAUUCCAUCAUGAAAAAGAAGAUUAUUGUCUAUCACAAUGCAGUAUGGUCUUUGGGAAGAGUUAUUCUAUCUGCUGGUAGAAAGGGUGUUAAAGAUGAAAGAUUUUACAAGUUCAUGAAGGAGAUGGCUCCAAAAUUGAUUCGAGUUUUGAAAUUAUUUGCCAAUAAGGACUUUUACACAACUGAAGAGGUUAUUGAUGACAUUACUGGAUAUUUAUCAAAUGUUUGCAUUACUAUUGCUUAUAUUAGUUUGAUUGAUAUUGAUCUUGUUGCCCCUGAAUACAUGUCCUUCAGUUCUAGUUUCAUUGAACAUGUAAUUUCUGAUAGUAAUGAAGAUUUGGAUGAGGAGAAGAUUGCCAUGGCCACUUCGAUAUUCAGAUUAACAGAAUAUUGCUUGGAAGAAUUACAUGGUGAAGGCAUUCUCCCAGAAACUUGCAUGUUAUUGGAACACUUGUACAAUUCCCCACUCUUUGAAAGACUUUCUGAUACACACUUGUUCUAUAUUUCUAGGAGAGUAAUGGAGAAGAUGAAGAUUUUUGUAGCUGAACAAGCAAGAGAAGAUGAUCUUUUUUAA